CAGGCAUACCAGAGGGCAGAUACAUAUAUAAUAUAUGCAUACACCACAGAUCUGAGUGCAUUAGAUAUAAAUACUGAACAAGGAGCCCACCGACAUGAAUAAAAACAGGGGACUCUGCAUCUCAAAAUGAGAAGAAAAGUUUGCGCCAAAGGUACUGGAAUAUGAGGAUUGUGAAGCCACCCCCAUUACUCGACUCCUCCUCUUUUCCACACUCCUUAAACUAUUAAUAAUCAUCACUGAUAGAUGUCGUUUGUAGACGUUACUUUGUAUUAUAUCAUUCUGAAAGACUCAACGAUUCCAGCAAGCAUCGCAAUUGAGAAGCUCAAAUCAUGUGGUGGGACGAGAGGCUCUUGGGCCUCUUUAAGAAGAAUUUACAACCCACUCUGACUUAUUGGAGUGUGUUCUUUAGCUUCGGAUUGUGUAUUGCUUUUCUGGGACCCACCUUGUUGGACCUGAGAUGCCAGACGCACAGCAGUCUACAGGACAUCACAUGGGUCUUCUUCGCUCAGCAGUUCUGCCUCCUGGUGGGUAGCUCUCUGGCAGGUGCCUUCAAGAAGACAAUGAGGCUUUGCCUGUUCAUCCUCUUCAUCUCCUCACUGGUCAUCUCCUUGGUCUUUGUUAUCAUUCCAUUUUGUGGCCAUGUUGGAGUCCUUGCCAUGGUUAUGGCAAUUGCUGGGCUUGCCAUGGGAUGCAUUGACACAAUAUCCAACAUGCAGCUAGUGAAAAUUUACCAGCAGGAGUCCGCUGUUUUCUUGCAGGUGCUCCAUUUCUUUGUUGGGUUUGGGGCCCUUUUGAGCCCGUUAAUUGCGGAUCCAUUCCUCUCCGACACAAACUGUAUCCAGUCGAACAUAACCCAGAAUGGGAGCGCCAAUCUAGAACACAUCAGGAACUCCUUAGUACCACAUCAUCCUGGAAACCAUUCUCGCUUCGUUCUUCCCCUUCAGGGGCCAACAGCAACACGAGUAUCCUACGCCUUCUGGAUAAUGGCUGCCAUCAAUCUCCCAGUACCCAUUGCUGUUUUCUUUCUGAUGUAUCAGAAGGGUAUGGUGCCAGGCUUUACUCACAGGACUGGGACAUUGUUAUCGGCUGAUGAAUUGGCCAUGGAAACUCAGAAAGAGAGUGACAGAAGUGACCCUGGGGUGGCAGCACAAGAGAACCAGUCACAACUAGGCAGUCAUGGGUUGUCAUUGUGCUGCCAAACUACAAAGUUUUUGAAAGCUCCCUACACGUUUUUUGCCAUCCACGGCUGUGCGGCAUUAGUCUUGUUUAUGAGCGAUGGGAUAGUGGGUGAAUAUUCAGCUUUUAUAUAUAGCUACUCUGUGGAGCAGCCGCUACUUCUAACCCACAAGACAGCAGGCUAUUUACCUAGUCUCUUCUGGGGUUUAAUCACGCUGGGGAGACUGAUCUCCAUCCCCAUGUCCUACAAAAUGACUCCUCGAUCCAUGCUCUUCAUCAACCUGAUUGGUAUUAUGGUGACAUUCCUGUUUUUGAUAUUGACACAAAACAGUGUGACUGGUCUUUUUAUAGGGACAGCACUUCUUGGCCUUUUUCUCAGUAGUAUCUUCCCCAGCAUGCUGGCAUACACAGAGGACCUCCUGAAUUACAAAGGCUGUGCCACCACACUUCUUGUUACUGGUGCCGGGAUGGGGGAGAUGUUUCUACAGAUCCUUGUUGGAAUGGUAAUCCAAACUCAGGGUAAUUAUAGUUUCCUUGUAUGCGGCGUCAGUCUGUCGUCAUUGGCUCUUACUUUGUUCAUUGUGUUACUGGUAUUGGACAGCAUACAUCCGAGGACGUCAGGAGGUUCUUCAAGAAAACCCCCAGAACUUGGCAGAGAAGCUGUCCCUUAUCAGAGGUAGAAUAAAAUCCUGGUCUUCAAACCAUGACUGUCAAUAUGGACUAUCUGAUAUUUAAAAGCAUCUGGUCUCACAAAGCUCUCUAUCGUAAAAUGGAUUAUUGACUCUGAAGGUAGAUGCUGUUUAGAAACUCCUUACAUGUUAAUGUUACGUAGGUACUUGGAUAUUUGGCUAACAGCAAAUGUAGCAAGAUUAUAGAAGAUGUUCUUCCCAAUAGAAUAAGCAGAAGCAUGUGGAUGUUGGAAACAUGGUACUCAUGAUGUCCAUCCAAACCCUUUUUUUAUUUCACAGAAAUGUUGUUAGGAGUUUCUUUGCUAAAGAAUGAUUUGCAAGAUACUUGCAGUUUUAACUAACUGACUUUGCAAAGCAUUAUGAAGGACUCCAUUAAGUUGUUUCUGCAAGAAGGGGUGAAAUAGUCUUGUAUAAUGCAUUGUGUAGGAUAUACUAUACAGCUCGGCAGGAGCAGGGUAAUGGAGUUGGUCCGUUUUCAUAGUGGUUAGUGAUAUCAAGGAGCUUAAAGGUUGAACUCUUCUGGGAACACCCCGUUCAGUGAAUACACUUUCUUGAGGAAAAUAAUUAUCGGGAUUUAUUGCACCCAAUCUUAAUUAGUGUGUACCCAAAGACAUUUUUUGGUUAUACAGAAAUGCUGUUAGUUAUAGGGGUUUUUUUUUACGAAACAAGGAGUUUCAACUCUGUUUUCACUACAUGUUAUAAAGGGUUGAAUGCAGUUGUACAAGAGCUUUACUUGCCUUGUAUAAAAGAAGCAUACAUUACAUUAAGCAGGGGCUCUUCCAUAUUUUCUUGUACGGUUGUCCUUUUUAUAAUUCAAACCCUGUAAUGGAAAAGCUAAAAUAUGAUAAGGGGGGAUUUUCAUAUUAGAUUAAAAAAAAAUAAUCAAGGUUUCCUUGAAAGAAGA